AUGUCGACCACCAUCGACUUCGACUUCGCUCUCCUCGACGUGGGUCGCCCGUCUAGAUACGACCUGAACAACGUUCGGGACGUGAUCGCUUUUCAAAAGAUGGUCAAAGGGUUCUGGUCCGUGGUCAAGACGAGUCCCGAGACGCUCGCUGACAAGCAGGCCGAAGUGGCACGCUUCAUCGAGCUUGUCUCUACAAGUCAAACAUGGCCAUUGGCAUCUAACAUGGUAACAGAUUUUCGACUGCCACAAACUCAUGACACCAGCGGUCCAGGUAUCCUCAACGAAGUCCUGCGAGCAGUAGCACCCUUGCGUCCACAGGUCUCCUACUAUGCCGAUCAACUCGCCUCUCUGAACGAACACUGGUUCGAUGAUGACACCCUUCGCGCAAUGCGGACACUAUUCGAUGCCUUCCCCAAUGACCUCAAGCCUGUCAAGGAGGCAUACAACCGUGCUGCAGAGGAGGGAAUCUCGACCUUGGUUCUCUUCACCAUCAGAGAUAAACUAUGGAAUCAACUCAGAGACGACCAGAAAGAGCUCUUGGUCAACAUGAGAGAGCUUGAGCUCAAAGCAGCGAAGAGAGCGGCUUAG